AUGACCAGGAGUAAAAAGAAUAAAUUAAUAAAAAAUGACCCAAAAGAUGAUGAUGCUGUUGAAGAAAUUCAACCAAUCCGAGGAUUACCAGAAAAAUACUUAAAGAUGCAAGUUAACAGUGGUACCAAAAUAAGAAAUGUUUUAAAGUAUGCCUUAAAACAUUUCGAUGAAGAUAACUGUGUUUUGUGGACCGGCGCCGGCAAAGGAAUUGAAAAAACUGUAACAUGUGUCGAAAUUUUUAAAAGAGAAAAAACUGGACUCCAUCAAAUUAAUAAAAUUCGAUAUGUUAAGUCCAAAAAAGAGGGAGAUAAACCAAAUUUAGUGCCUGAGAUAAAUAUAUUUUUAUCGAAAGCUGCAUUAGACACUUCUGAACUUGGGUAUCAAGCACCGGGAGAUCUGGGGAUGUUUCAAGAUUUGAAUGAAGUUCAGAGUCAAGGAAGUAAAAGUAGAAUGUCAGAGGAAGCUAUGAAGGAAUUUGCGGAAAUGGGUUUGAGGACGGGUCAAAAGAGGUCAAGGAAGAAGACAAAUAAUGAUGGCCCUAUUAAAAAGGGGAAGAAAGCGUGA